ACGCAAUACCAUCUGAAGUCAUCUGCUUAGAAUAGAACUAUAAAACCAUUGACAGUUGAUGCCUGCACUCUAGUACAGUUUUUGUCCUCUGUGGAAUUGCAACAACAAACUGGCCCACAUACUGGGGGUCUGGCUAGUGUCAGUCUUAAGUGGCUCUUCACAUGUGACAGCUACUGUGACUGCCGUCACAUCGUCACAGUCACAGCCAUGCUGAUGGCAGUGGUGCUCAUCACAGCCGUCACCGUCGUGGCACAGCAGAAGACAGGUGUGGACUCCUCCAGUGGGUUCUUCAGCACUGGCCAACAGAAAAAACUUAAAGAGAAAGUAGAAAAGCUGGAAAACUUGGUCUUAAAGUCCAAAGUGGAAGUUCUUGGAGAAGUGUUCAAGAAACAUUUUGAUGCCCUUAUUGCAGCUGAGAAACACCACAAAGUGGAAUUGGUGUUUUUGAUUGAUGCCUCGUCAAGUGUGGGAUCAGAAAAUUUUCAGUCAGAAUUGGAGUUUGUAAAGAAGUUGCUGGCAGACUUUUCUGUCUCUUACAAUGAUACUCGAGUAGCUUUGAUUACUUUUUCAUCCAUUGGACAAGUGGUAAGAGAAAUAGACUUGAUGAGCCAUCCCAAUGCUGACCUUGACAAAUGUAGUGUGCUUCAUCAUCAUGCCCAGUAUACUGGAGGUGGUACAUACACACUAGGGGCUAUGCGUGAGGCUCAGGCUAUAUUUUCACACUCAAGGCCAGGUUCUCGAAAGGCAUUAUUCUUGGUAACUGAUGGCUUUUCAAAUGGGGGAGAUCCAAGAGAUGUAGCUAAAGCACUAAAAUCUGAUGGUGUGAUAAUAUUUACAUUCGGAGUCCAUAGUGGGAACACUGCUGAACUGUAUGACAUGGCUUCGACUCCUGGGGAGGAGUAUUCCUACAUUUUGGACAGUUUCAGUGAAUUUGUGGCUCUGGCCAGGAGAGCCCUGCAUAGAGAUCUAUCAGCUGGAGUGUACAUGCCCGUGACCAACAGUGGGCUGUGCCAAAAUGUCUGUAGCUCUCUAGCGCUGUGUGCCUGUGGGCUGCGGACAGGCCUGUAUGAGUGUCUGUGUCCCCCGGGGUUCUACGGGCUUGGAACAGCUGAUCAGGAGAGUCCUUGUCUUCCUUGUCCAAACGGAACUUAUCACAAUGGGGAGGUGCCAGGGGAUGUGACGAGAUGUACUCCUUGUCCAGAUGUCAACCAUAUAACCCUGGGACCAGCUGUGGGGCUGCAAGACUGUGUCUGCAAACGUGGUUUUGUUGCUAAUGGAACAUUGUGUGAAAUGGUGAAGUGUCCUGUCCUGAAGCCGCCAAAGCAUGGAUUCUUUGUACGAGGGACAUGCGGCAAUGUAGUCAACGCAGGCUGUGGCAGUCGCUGCAAGGUUGGCUACACUCUCAUCGGCUCCAGUGUGCGUCUCUGCCAACAGGAUAGCAAGUGGUCGGGCAAACCACCUAAAUGUGUUGUAAAGAGAUGUCCCCGUUUGCAACCUCCACAUAAUGGAAUUCUGGCUUGCUCACCAAAGAUUGGUAAUGAAGAAGACUUUCCUGUGGAUGCAGAGUGUAGGUUCUCUUGUCAUCCAGGCAGCUACCUUGUGGGCUCUCCCCUACGCACAUGUCUCCCUCUCGCUCGCUGGGAUGGUCUCCCUACCACUUGCAAACCAAUAAAAUGUAUGGCUCCCCCCAAAGUAUCAAAUGGAGUAUGGCAUCCUGAGGAAUGUAUGAUAAACAGGAAACUUCCGUUCGGCCAGAAAUGUCAUCUUGUUUGUAACAAUGGCUUUGACAGAGAAGGACCAGAGGUUCGAGAAUGUGUCAAGAGAGGUUCAUGGACCCACAAAAAGGAAAUUUCAAAGUGUAUUGACUCAAUGCCUCCUGUAGUAAAGUGUCCUGAGAAUAUCACUGUCAGCACUGACCCGGGAGUGAGCUAUGCUUCUGUUUCAUGGAAAGAACCAAUUCCUGAAGAUAACUCGAAUCAAACAGUACUGAUAUGGUCCGAUCCAGUAGCUGAUUUCCCAAUGAAACUGCCAAUAGGCCAAACCAUCAUCAGCUAUGUGGCAACUGACUCCAGCUACAACCAGGCUGUGUGUGAAUUUACCAUCAACGUUAUUGAUACUGAGGCUCCAGUUGUAGAGGACUGUGAGUCUCCUCCCAGUUUCUACCUGACAGUCAACCUCACCACUGACAACACAUCAUGGACACAAUCACAUUUCAGUGAUAAUUCCAUGGUGGAGUUAUAUGUAAAUGUAUCCCAUGAGCUUGAUGAACUUCCCCUUGGCACAACGGAAGUAACUUUUACAGCCUUUGACAAUUCAGGAAACUCAAACUCAUGUAUAAUGAAUUAUACGUUAAUAGAUGAUGGCUGCAAGGAACUCCCACCCCACACAUUUGCCAACUGCUCGGACAAUAGUUGUGUCCUGUUUUGUGAGAAAGGGUACAUGUUCGUCUCAGCAAAUACUACGAUUGAGGUUCCUUAUCCGUGUGACACGUCAGCAUUGCCGGAAUGUUCAGAUACAGAAGAACCCAAUCAUCUCGUGCAAGAAGGAAUCAUCGCUUUAACUCCGACUGCACAAAAUUUGUGCAAUGAUUCAGACUUUUUAAAUCAGGUAAAAACAUCCGUGCGAUCUAGCCUGACUAAAGUAUGUGACAAUACACUAAGUGGCUGCAAUGUGGGUGUGGAAGCUGGAUGUGAGGAUGUUAUUGGUAAUGUUGAGGAGGAAUAUAAUCAAGUUAUUGGCAGAAGGAGACGUUCGGUACCUCAUAGAAAUAUCAACAUAAACUUUAGAUUCUCAGGUUCAAUUGAAGAUAAGAAUGCCCAAGAAAAACUAGCUGCUAUGGCAAAAGAUACUGGAUUUUUCAUAAAUUUCCCUAAAAAGCAUGUUUUUAAAUUGAGACUCAAGCCUUCAACUAUAGUUUGUCCUCCUGGCACAGUCUACAAAAGAAGACGUUGUGUAAAAUGCCCACCUGGCACUUACUGGAGGGAGAAAGGUGACAGGUUUGACUGUGUCGCUUGUAGUUUCGGGACAUACCAGCCCUUGCCUUCACAGCUGCACUGUUUGCCAUGUCCCAGCAACACAUCUACCCGGAAACUGCAUGCCAAACAUGUUCAUGCCUGUAAAGAUAUCUGCCCAGCGGGAACAUAUGGCAGCAGUAGAGGCCGUCAUGGCAGGGGUCGACUUGGAGUGAAGCCUUGCAUGUCCUGUCCUGUAGGGUGGUACCAACCAAACAUAGGAACCUUGUCAUGUCUCAGGUGUGCCAACAACAUGACCACGUACCGUCGUCGCACCAUACACCCGGAGGAUUGCCACCUCGAUCCCCCACCCUGCCAGCUGUCCACUUGUCUCAAUGGAGGCACUUGUCUGCAUAGAGAGGGCCAUAUUACCUGCAAAUGUCUCAAUGGAUUUUUAGGCCCACGUUGUGAAUACAGAAAGGAUGAGUGUCAGUCAAUGCCUUGUCUGCAUGGUGGCACCUGCUCCAAUACUGAGAAAGGGCAUGUUUGUUCUUGUCCUGCUGGCUUCUCUGGUGUCAACUGUGAGAUUGACAUUGAUGAGUGUGCUUCUAACCCUUGCCAAAAUGGUGGUGAGUGUACAGAUUUGAUUGCCUCAAUUGUGUGCCACUGUCCUCCGGCGUUUCAAGGUGACUUGUGCGAGGUGAAUGUCAAUGACUGCUCAGCUGACCCGUGUGCAGAGGGCAGCACCUGUGUGGAUCUGGUUGGUAACUACUCUUGUGAGUGUCAGCCAGGCUUCUCAGGCCAUUACUGUGAGCUAGACCCCUGCCUUAACCUCACUCUGUGUCAACACAAUGGCACGUGUUACCUGGGCGAGAACAGCACGCAGCCACCCUACUGGUGUGAGUGUGAGCCGGGAUACACAGGAACUCAUUGUGAGAUUGAGAUCGACUUGUGUGCAUCGUGUCCUUGUCAACACAAUGCUACCUGUCACAGCCAACCUCUCGCAGAACAACCAGAGUGUGUUUGUACACCUGGAUAUCACGGACAGUUCUGUGAAACCUUCCUGCCUUCAAACUUCACUCUUUUCUUUCCAACUCCAGGGACUUCAAACUAUGUCAAAUUAAAGGGACCAUACUCAAGCAUGCAAGAGGUGACUGUCUGUCUGUGGAUGAGAACUCACGAUCGUUUCAACUAUGGUACCAUAUUUUCAUAUGCCACUAGCAUUCACGACAACACGCUGACCCUUACAGACUACAAUGGGUUUGUGCUGUAUGUAAAUGGCCAACGUGUUGUAACAGAUGUCACAGCCAAUGAUGGAAUCUGGCAUCACAUUUGUAUAGAGUGGACCUCGCUUGAGGGUCGGUGGUUGAUUUACAAAGAUGGAUCAUUGGAAGACAAAGGGAUAGGACUUUCUAACAAUACUCAUAUUCCAGGUGGUGGAGUUCUUGUGCUUGGACAGGAGCAAGAUAGGAUUGGAGGAGGUUUCAAUGCGGCAGAGUCUCUGGUAGGAUAUCUGACCCAUGUGAACCUCUGGAAUCACAACCUUGGUGCGGAGAAAGUUAACUUGCUCGCUACGCUAUGUCAGGCUCAGGAAGAGGGAAAUGUUAUAAAUUGGGGUCAGUUUCGGUCAGGUGUUCAAGGAAAGGUGCAGAUAGAACAGUCAACUGUGUGUCAAGGAUGUGACAAUCUUUCUACACUUCCCUUUACAUCAAUAGAGGUGUCAGUGUCAGGGAACACUGCGAAUUACACAUGUGAUCCUGGUUACUCCUUUAAAUAUUUUGUCACCAGUGAGGUGACAAAACUGGAGAGGAAAUGUUUGGUUCAUGGAGAUUGGGAAGGCAAAGCACCUGUUUGCAGCAAAAGGAGUUGUGGUUUCCCAGGCUACCUCCCUGCAGGGUGGAUAGUUGGCCAGUCCUACUUGUACCAGGACACAGUUGAAUACCAUUGUCAGGACGGGUAUCGUCUCGUUGGUAACAAGAACAGGACAUGUCUGGUAAAUGGAACUUGGAGUGGAGAGAAGCCCUCUUGUCAAAGAGGCGAGUGUCCAGACGUGUAUGUGCCUGAGCAUGGCAUGAUGUGGGGAAACGCUGAGGAAUACUUUAAACUAGAGUUUGAAUGCAAGUCAGGCUAUGAGUUGAAUGGAAGUGAAGUCAUCACUUGCCUCUCUAACAAGACAUGGAGUCAUGAACCACCCCAAUGCUUGCCAAUAACCUGCAAAUACAUAAAUAAUGAGACAGUUGCAGUUCUCUUGGCGGGACCUGAUAUUGUUGAAGAUGGCAGGUACCAUGUGGGCAACCAGAUUCAGAUAGGGUGCCGUGAGGGGUACCGGACUGAUGGAGAACAAGACCAGUAUAACACAACCUGUACCGUAUCUGGCUGGUCACCUCCUCCCAACAAUUUCAGCUGUACUCUAGUUGUCUGCCCCAAGGUCAUCAUCACCAAUGGAUCUGUUGCUGUGAACUCAUUCACUGUAGGAAGCAAAGCAACAGUGACAUGUGACAAAGGAUUUGCUCUCGACGGUCCAGUGGAUCAUGUGUGCACUGCAGCAGGAGAGUGGAGCGGAACAUCAAGCUGUGUCAGGGUGGAGUGCCCUAAAGUGUCCACAAAGCACUUGACCCUGCCAAGCAGUUGGUAUGGCAAGGUUGCCACUAUCCAGUGUCCGACGGGGCUGCGGCUAAUGGCGGGCGGACUGGAAGUUCCGGGGGGGGAGGUCAGGUGGCAAUGUGCAGGUGACGGCAAGUGGCGAGAUCUCUCUGGGUUACUUGUCAACCCUCACACCUUGGACUGUGUGUCCAAAUCUCCUAAAACAUGCCCACGACCUGAGGGACCACAGUUUGGUUAUACAGUAACAAACUUUAAAACCACAAGUUCGUACUAUGAGGGUAACAAGGUACAAGUGCAGUGCCGUCAAGGAUACACACUUCAAGGGGCUGACUUUACCAUGUGCAAACGUGACGGUACAUGGACCAAUGGUACUGUAUGUAAAGCAGUGGACUGUGGCCCUCCUUCUACACCACCCCUCACACAGCUUGUGCUGGUAUCAAGUACGAUUUAUGGCAGUAUGGCCAAACUCAGGUGUGAAGAUGGCUACCAGGCAUAUGGUGACACUGCGCUGCGCUGUCAGGCUAACAAGCGAUGGUCACGGUUUCGUGGCAGAUGUGUCCGUGAGUAAACUGACUAUAUAUUUAUUGUUGUUUUAAAUACAAACUCAGGUGUGAAGAUGGCUACCAGGCAUAUGGUGACACUGCGCUGCGCUGUCAGGCUAACAAGCGAUGAUCACGGUUUCGUGGCAGAUGUGUCCGUGAGUAAACUGACUAUAUAUUUAUUGUUGUUUUAAAUACAAACUCAGGUGUGAAGAUGGCUACCAGGCAUAUGGCGACACUGCGCUGCGCUGUCAGGCUAACAAGCGAUGGUCACGGU